CUUCUGGGAUUUAGAUGAUGCAACCUUUGGCGGUAGGAGGAUCAGGCACAGGGUCAUCCGAGGAAUUCCCUGCUUCUGCACUUUUCAAGUUGAUUCGGUGUCAUAUACAGUCGUGAAGCACGGCAAGGUUGGUACCUAUGAUUCAUGGGCGGAGCUUGACCGUUCAGUGAACGGUAUUCCUUAUAUGCUUCGGCUUCUUUUAGCGACUCUGGUGUGUCGUGAGAGCGAAUUCUCCUGCGAUGGGUCACGCUGUAUACCCAGGAAGUGGCUGUGCGAUGGCGACCCGGACUGUACUGAUGGAACGGAUGAACUGACUACCAACUGCCCGGCAAAGGUGGGCGACGGGACGAGGUCUUGUCGAGCCUCGGAAUUCCAGUGCGGGAACGGCAACUGCAUCCCCCUGACGUGGAAGUGCGACGGACAGGACGACUGCAGAGAUAACACGGACGAGGAGAACUGUGAAAAAACGUGCAGAGAAACGCAGUUCCAGUGUGUGAGUGACAAACAAUGCAUUACGAAGAAGUGGCGUUGUGACAACCAGAAAGAUUGUCAAGAUGGCUCAGACGAGGAAAACUGUGAAGAGGAAUCAGUGACUGUCCCACCACACAUGUUCAGGUGCGCCUCUGGCAUAACAAUUCCCACGCGUUGGGUGUGCGACGGACAGGAGGACUGCACUGAGGGGUCGGAUGAAAAGAACUGCCCAGGGGGAGAAGAAAAGAAGCCACUGGAAAGAUCGGAUCCUUGUCGAGAUAACGAGUUUCAAUGUGGAGCUUACUGUAUCAUGGCGACCUGGGUGUGUGAUGGAGGAGUCGACUGCCCUAACGGCGAAGACGAGGCAAACUGCGACAAAGAAUGCCCAGAAUCACACUUCACAUGCAGUAACAAGCAGUGCAUUCUUGGGCACUUGAGAUGCAACGGAGAGAAAGAAUGCGCUGAUGGUUCCGACGAAUCUGAAUGCCCCAAAGUACCGGCGGUUACGGAUGCGCCGAAAGUGGAAUGCAAUCUAACAUCUCACUUCUUGUGUUCACUCAACAAGUGCAUCCACCGCAGGAACCUUUGCAACGGCAGAAAUGAUUGUGGUGACUGGCAGGAUGAGUCUGAGGAAGAGUGCGGUGUGAACGAGUGUGAGAGGAACAAUGGGGGUUGUACACACUUGUGCGUUGACUCGAAGGGUUACCACUGCGAGUGUAGAACGGGAUUUCGCUUAGUUGGAAAGUACACAUGUGAAGAUAUUGAUGAGUGCCUCGAGGUCCCAGGAACGUGUUCCCAACAGUGCACAAAUACAAACGGCGGAUACCACUGCUCGUGUCUCCCCGGGUAUGAACGAGACCCAGGCAACUAUACACGCUGUAAGGCAUCGGCAGGAGAGCCUUACCUCCUUUUCUCACACAGAUAUGAUAUCAGAAGCCUUCGCCUCCGAGAUAAUGAUAUGACUUCAGUUGUGAGUGAUGCGAGGGAAGCGACAGCACUGGAUUACCUGUUCACUGGUCACCAAAUUAUCUGGUCUGAUAAC